AUGGGCCUACCUGCUCAGGUGCACGGUGCCAGAGCAGCCCUGCUCGCCCAGGCGCGCAGCCUCACGGGGGGCUGCCACGGCUCCAUCUUCUCCUGCGCCAGCGUUCUGGGAAAGAUUUUGGAAAAGGCGGGGGUGUGCAGCCAGAUCGCCUUCAGCCGCUACUGUCAGUCCGGGAGGAAGCUGGGGCCGGACCCGCAGCUCUGCCUGCAGGACGCGCGGUUCGGCGGGGUGCUGGUGAGGGUCUACCGGCCCCGCGCCCCCUCCGCCGGUCUGCGGGCGGGCGCCAUCUUCUUCCACGGCGGCGGGUGGCUGUACUGCAGCAUCGAUUCACAUGAAAAGAUCUGCCGUUACAUUGCCAGAGAGAGCGAGUCGGUGGUUGUGUCUGUUGGGUAUCGUUUAGCCCCUGAACACAAAUACCCUGCCGCGUAUGAAGACUGUCUUAAUGCCACCAUACACUUCAUGAAGAAUAUAGAGCACUAUGGGGUGGAUCCUGACCGUAUAAUUGUCUGUGGGGACAGUGCUGGGGGCAACCUAGCAGCUGCUGUUAGCCAGACCCUUGCAGGGAGCUCAGACCUCCCCAAACUUCGUGCUCAGAUCUUGAUCUACCCAGGCCUUCAGGCACUGGACUUCAAUUUACCAUCCUAUCAGCAGAAUCAGGGAGUCCCUUUCUUAUUUCGAGAACAUGCCGCUUUCUUUGCUUUGCAGUACCUAAAUGGGGAUGCAUUGCAUAUGCAAGAGGUCUUGGAGGGUUCUCAUAUUCCUCCAGAUAUAAGGCUGAAAUACAGGGAGUGGGUGAGUCCAGAUAACAUCCCUGAAAAAUUUAAGGUCAGAGGCUACAAACCACACAAGCCCCAUGAAUUCAAGGCUGAAGUUUUUGACAAAGUUAAAAGGCUCUGCGAGCCCAACCUGUGUCCACUGUUAGCCGAAGAUGCUAUUGUUCAGCAGCUGCCCGAAUCUUUCAUCUUGACUUGCGAGUAUGAUGUGCUAAGAGACGACGGCUUGCUUUACAAGAAGAGGUUGGAGGACAAUGGUGUUCGAGUGACCUGGUACCACCUUGAGGAUGGAUUCCAUGGAAUCAUAAGCCUAUAUGAUUAUUCACGUUUCUCAUUUCCAGCUGGGGAGAGGGGACUGGACAGAAUUGUUAAAUUCAUUAAAGGCCUGUAGAAACAACCUUUUAUCUUUAUGCUUCUCCCACUGAUGUUUCCGCUUAGGCUCUCAAACCUCAGGUUGUACUUGUCAAAAAAAUGUGAUACACUUUGAUUUGUAAAAUACCAAUUGUGAUAUUCAUCAACUUCAACUACUAUCUGAAAAUUGGUCUUUGUCCUCCUGAGACUACUGA